AGCUGCCGGCGCGUAGAGAUGGAGCCAGGCGGCGGCGGAGGUCCGGGCUUGCUGAUUGUCAACAACAAGCAACGGGGCUCGGGGCUCGGGCUGGCGGCGCCGGUGACGCCGGGGGUGAAGGGCCGAGAGCCUAACCGCAACCAGCGCAAGGACUCGGAGGGCUAUUCGGAAUCUCCAGAUUUUGAGUUUGAAUAUGCAGACACAGACAAGUGGGCUGCUGAGCUGUCAGAACUGUACAGUUACACUGAAGGUCCGGAAUUCCAGCUCAACAGAAAAUGCUUUGAGGAAGAUUUUAGACUGCAUGUGCUGGAUAAAAAAUGGACAGAGUUGGACACCGAUCAGCAUCGCACCCAUGCCAUGAGGCUUCUUGAUGGCCUUGAAGUCACGGCUCGGGAGAAAAGACUGAGGGUAGCCCGAGCCAUCCUCUAUGUUGCACAAGGCACAUUUGAUGAGUGCAGCUCUGAAGCUGAAGUUCAGUCCUGGAUGCGAUACAACAUUUUCCUUCUGCUUGAAGUUGGCACAUUCAAUGCUUUGGUGGAACUUUUGAACAUGGAAAUUGACAACAGUGCUGCCUGCAGCAGUGCUGUGAGGAAGCCUGCCAUCUCCCUGGCUGACAGCACCGAUCUGAGGGUGCUGCUGAAUAUUAUGUACCUUAUCAUAGAGACUGUCCGUCAGGAAUGUGAAGGAGACAAGCCUGAGUGGAAGACCAUUAGACAGACCUUUAGAGCAGAACUAGGGGCACCUCUGUAUAACAAUGAACCAUUUUCCGUGAUGCUCUUUGGAAUGGUGACCAAAUUCUGCAGUGGCCAUGCCCCACACUUCCCUAUGAAGAAGGUGUUGCUGUUGCUCUGGAAGACUGUCCUGUGCACCCUUGGAGGAUUUGAGGAACUCCAGGAUAUGAAAGCAGAGAAAAGGGAGAUGUUGGGGCUCCCCCCACUUCCUGAGGAUAGCAUAAAAGUGAUUCGCAACAUGAGGGCUGCCUCCCCUCCGGCAUCUGCUUCUGAUUUGAUUGAGCAGCAGCAAAAACGGGGUCGCCGAGAGCACAAGGCUCUUAUUAAACAGGAUAACUUAGAUGCCUUCAAUGAGCGAGAUCCCUACAAAGCUGAUGACUCCCGGGAAGAAGAGGAGGAGAAUGAUGAUGACAAUAGUCUUGAGGGAGAGACAUUCCCUCUUGAAAGAGAUGAAGUGAUGCCCCCUCCUAUCCAGCACCCACCGACUGACCGACUGACUUGUCCAAAAGGUUUGCCUUGGGCACCCAAAGUCAGAGAAAAAGACAUUGAGAUGUUUCUUGAAUCAAGUCGGAGCAAAUUCAUUGGCUACACCUUGGGAAGUGACACUAACACAGUUGUGGGAUUGCCUAGACCAAUUCAUGAGAGCAUCAAAACUCUGAAGCUGCACAAAUAUACAUCUAUUGCUGAGAUUCAAGUACAAAUGGAAGAAGAGUAUCUGCGUUCUCCCAUGUCAGGGGGGGAAGAGGAGGUUGAACAAGUUCCUGCCGAAAUCUUGUACCAGGGUCUACUUCCUAGCCUGCCACAGUACAUGAUUGCCUUGCUGAAGAUUCUGCUGGCUGCGGCACCCACCUCCAAGGCCAAGACCGAUUCCAUUAACAUCCUAGCAGAUGUCUUGCCAGAGGAGAUGCCAACAACUGUGUUGCAGAGUAUGAAACUAGGCGUUGAUGUGAAUAGGCACAAAGAAAUAAUUGUAAAGGCCAUUUCCGCUGUUCUGCUUCUACUGCUUAAGCAUUUUAAGCUAAACCAUGUCUAUCAGUUCGAAUACAUGGCCCAGCACCUAGUAUUUGCCAACUGCAUCCCCCUUAUACUGAAAUUCUUCAACCAAAACAUCAUGUCAUAUAUCACUGCCAAGAACAGCAUCUCUGUUUUGGAUUACCCAUAUUGUGUGGUGCAUGAGCUGCCUGAGCUGACUGCAGAGAGUCUGGAAGCUGGAGACAACAAUCAGUUUUGCUGGCGAAACCUGUUUUCCUGCAUUAAUCUACUUAGGAUACUGAACAAAUUAACAAAGUGGAAGCACUCAAGGACUAUGAUGUUGGUGGUAUUCAAGUCUGCACCCAUUCUGAAACGAGCCCUCAAAGUGAAGCAAGCCAUGAUGCAGCUUUACGUUUUGAAGCUUCUCAAAGUUCAGACCAAGUAUUUGGGGCGACAGUGGAGGAAGAGCAACAUGAAGACCAUGUCAGCAAUCUACCAAAAAGUGCGGCACCGGCUCAAUGAUGACUGGGCUUAUGGCAAUGAUCUGGAUGCACGUCCUUGGGAUUUCCAAGCUGAGGAGUGUGCUCUGCGUGCCAGCAUAGAGCGUUUCAACUCUCGCCGUUAUGACCGGGCACAUAGCAAUCCUGAUUUUCUACCUGUGGAUAACUGUUUGCAGAGUGUUCUGGGCCAGCGCGUAGAACUGCCUGAAGAUUUCCAAAUGAAUUAUGACUUGUGGCUGGAAAGGGAAGUUUUUUCUAGACCCAUCUGUUGGGAAGAAUUGCUCCAAUGACGUUUGACAAGAGGGAAUCAGAGCUAGUACGUGUGCCCAAGGACAAGGCAGCUUCUCUUCGGUCAACCAGGCAGAGAGAGAAGAGAUAAAACUGGUUUUUCAUAUGGCUUGUAAUCUGCAGUUCUUUCCUUCUCCUCCAGGUGGCGGCAUGGAUUUAUACUGCUCUCAAGGUCCUAGCAAAUAUGGCUUUCCUACAUCUUUUGGGCUGCUUCAAUUACUGAUUGGUUUAGAAGGUGCUAAAUGGAUUCAGAGUAGUUCACUCUGAGACUCAGAUCAAUUGAAAAACGCUGAGCAAAAUAUCAGUGUCAGCAUUGAUUGUUAUUCAUGUGCUCCUUGUUGGGCUUCUGUCCAUUGUCAUUGGCCAGCUGUUCUGUUCCAAAAGUAGUAUGGCAGCUUUUUUUUCUGCUAUGCUCCCACUCUUAGCCCAAAAGGACAGAACCCUUUCUCUGUUAGCUUCUAGGAUGGAAAACAGUAUCAUGGUGGUGUGGAUGGAAGGAGAAACGAUAGGUGGUGCAUACAGUUGUUCAUACUAAUAGGAAAGGGAGAUAUCUGGAGUCCCAUCUAGUGCAUGUAUAGUUGAGAGGAUCGGGAGCAGGGAAUAGGGUGUGUUCAUAGCAGCUGCUUCCACUCUCAUCUGGUGGAUUACAAAUGGCUUGGCCCUUCACAGGGAAGGCAAUUUAACUGGAUCAGGGAUGUUACCUUCUUUUGUUCCUGUAGUGGCACCAAACAUCUAAACAACUGCUGAUCAUGUCCCAGUAUAAUUGAAUAUUAAUAACUAUUUCUUUCCAUUGAGCAAUCUUCUGUUUUGAAGGCUUCACCAGGGAAAGAGAAACUCUUGACAUUUUUCUGUUUCCAUCAAUGUGCCAUUCUUUCCUCCUUCGUUUGCUUGAAAGCCUCGAUUUUUGAAUAGCUUUGCUGCACAGAUGUGCAUGCCAAUGUAGUUUGCUUAAUUUGACCCCUUGCCAGGGCACCUUGUUUGUGCCUGCCCUUCUUGGUUAAAUGUCGCAUAAUCCUAGUCUCCUCAGUCUGGAUGUUGGUGACCCAGGCAAGUAACUCAUCCUACCUUGAUGCUCCAUCCCACUCUAGUUCUCAUAAACAGAAGGCGAAGUGGCAAGCCUGUGUCUGGGCUUUCCCACUGCAAGUCACACCCACAGCCACCUGAAAUAGUACUGUCAGUCCAGACAAAGGUUUGCCACUUCAAAUGAUGUUUUGUAAGAACCUAGUCUCUGGGUUCCUGCAAACCAGGACUGUGAAUGUGGUAGAAGUAAGGGCAUUUACUUUAAGUAGAUAAGUGGACCUGACAAUAAAGUAGGUGCUUUCGCUUCCCUAGGAGAUGGUAUCUGCUCUGAGAAAACUCACAACCAAAUCUAAGUUUAGCCUGUUGUGUUUAUAAACAUUCAGGAACAGGCAAGUACAGUAGGUCAUCACCAGGUGCAAUACGGUAGAAUGCAUUUUCCUAUUUGUUUGUUUGUGCUUUGUAGUCUGGUUAUAUGCUCAGGCUACAAUUCUAACAUUACUUAUUUGGAAGAGAGCCCCAUUGAACGGGCCACCUAAGUAAAUAUGGGGUGCCAUUAAAAUGCUACUGUUGGAGGGGUUGAGACUGCUCCAGCACUCCACAUUGAGCCUCGAUUACUUGUACCCAAACACUCCCGCUGUUUAACUUUCAUCACUGAGGUUACAAGAGUGUCUGUCAGGCAGACAGCAGCAGGGACCAAGGCACACAGUGUCAGUUUAGAAUAAUCAAGUUUUAGCAAAGCCAAUUCAUUUAUUUUGAGCAAAUGUCAUCAGGCAGGCAUUUGCUCACAAAUUGUAAUGUAGCUACAGAUGCGGCUCCAAGCUUCUUCAAUGUGUAACAUACUGAGACCGUAGGGCUCUCCCCACCCCAUCUCUGCAUUGUUAACAGUGUGAUGGUGACAUGAUCAUGCAACAGAAGCACAUGGUCGCAUAAAAGAAUGAACAAGCAUUAAAAGCAACAAAAUGCCUAUCAA